GGUGGGGCCGCAGUGCCCGGCUCCCGCCCCCUCCUCCCUCCCUUCCUCCCUUGCCUACUAGGUUUCCAGGCCGGCAAUCCACUGAGCAGGCACAGCCGGAGCUGCACGACCUCGGACCAGCUCCCGGCGAAGCGCGGCAGAGAAACCUCCCAGAGCGCGAAGCCCCGGCACUGGCAAACUCCUGGAACCUACCCACCUCGCGCCGAGCUGGAGCAUCCGCGGAGCCCGGGGCACUGCGGACCGCGGGGCAGUUUUCCCCGCGCACCUCAGCUCCCCACCUCCCCGCGCUCCGCCGCAGGGGCUGCGGCGAGAUGGCCGCGCGUGUUGGCCUCCUGCUGCGCGCCCUGCCACUGCUGCUUUGGGGCGUCCUGGACGCCCAGUUCGCGGAGCGCGUAAGCCAGGAGCUACGCAGGGAGGCGGAGUCCAAAGCUCCCACAUCCAUGCAAUUCAGCGAUGCCAUCAGGGAGUUCCAGUGGGUAUCCCAGCUGCCUGUCAAUGGUGUGCUGGACCCCGCCACCCUUCGCCAGAUGACACGGCCUCGCUGCGGGGUUGCAGAUACUGACAGUCAGGCUGCCUGGACCGAGAGGGUCAGUACCCUGUUUGCUGGUCGGAGGGCCAAAAUGAGGCGUAAGAAACGUUUUACAAAACAAGGCAACAAGUGGUACAAGCAGCAUCUCUCCUACCGCCUGGUGAACUGGCCCCAGCACCUGCCUGAGCCAGCAGUUCGGGGGGCCGUGCAUGCCGCCUUCCAGCUGUGGAGCAACGUCUCAGCACUGGAGUUCUGGGAGGCCCCAGCCACAGGCCCUGCUGACAUCCGCCUCACCUUCUUCCAAGGGGACCACAACGAUGGGCUGAGCAAUGCCUUCGACGGCCCAGGGGGCGCCCUGGCGCACGCCUUCCUGCCCCGCCGUGGCGAAGCGCAUUUCGACCGAGACGAGCGCUGGUCCCUGAGCCGCCGCCGCGGGCGCAACCUGUUCGUGGUGCUGGCGCAUGAGAUCGGCCACACGCUCGGCCUGACCCACUCGCCCGCGCCGCGCGCGCUCAUGGCGCCCUACUACAAGAGGCUGGGCCGCGACGCGCUGCUCAGCUGGGACGACGUGCUGGCGGUGCAGACCCUGUAUGGGAAGCCCCAAGGGGGCUCUGUGGCCAUCCAGCUCCCAGGAAAGCUGUUCACUGACUUCGAGGCCUGGGAUCCCCACAGACCCCGGGAAAGGAGUCCUGAAACUCGGGGUCCUAAAUAUUGCCACUCUUCCUUCGAUGCCAUUACUAUAGACAGGCAAGGGCGACUGUACAUUUUUCAAGGGAACCACUUCUGGGAAGUAGCAGCUGAUGGCAACAUCUCAGAGCCCCACCCACUGCAGGAAAGGUGGGCUGGGCUGCCACCCCACAUUGAGGCAGCUGCAGUGUCUUUGGAGGAUGGAGACUUCUUCUUCUUCAAAGGGAGUCGAUGCUGGAGGUUUCAGGGCCCCAAGCCAGUGUGGAGUUCGCCACAGCUGUGCCGGGCAGGGGGCCUGCCCCGCCACCCCGAUGCAGCCCUCUUCUUCCCUCCUCUGAGCCGCCUUGUCCUCUUCAAGGGUGCCCGUUACUAUGUGCUGGCCCGAGGGGGAUUGCAGGUGGAGCCCUACUACCCCCGAGGCCUGCAGGACUGGGGUGGUGUACCUGAAGAGGUCAGUGGCGCCCUGCCCCGGCCAGAUGGCUCGGUCAUCUUCUUCAGAGAUGACCACUACUGGCGCCUCGACCAGACCAAACUGCAGGCGACGGCCUCGGGCCGCUGGGCGGCAGAGCUACCUUGGAUGGGCUGCUGGCAUGCCAAUUCAGGGGGUGCCCUGUUUUGAAGACGCCCCCGCCUCUUACUGAACUGUUGGUGCCCUCAUGGCCAACAUGUGUCUCCUGCCCCAGGGGCAGAACCUGUCUCAGAAGCCUCUGUGCCUCGCUGCAGAAGACCCAGCAAAGAAGUUUGUCUGUUUGUUCCCUGGAGAAUGUGGCAUUGUCUUUGUGUUGUCUCCACCACAUGGAGGUGGGACUGGGAUCAAUCCAAGGAGAAGCCAAAAAGGGUCCCAGACUCCAUGACCUUUUCCUCAAGGACUCUUUCUUCUCCAAGCUUUGGAAAUUUCAUUUCUUCUAAAGGUGCAGUUCCUGUCUAUGAGGCUGCAGCUCUGUGCAACCAGGAAGGAUGCAAAUCUCAACAGAGAGAUUGGGACCACUUUACAAGACUGUCGCCUUCCCCUUAGGACCUCUUGGCUCAGUCUUUGGAGAAUUGUGACAUAUUUAAUCAGAGGCCCUACCCCCAGGAAGCCUGGUUGUGUUGGGUACAAGGGUCUCCAACAUCUGAGGCCCUCAGGGGGUUCAGGACCCAGAGCAAGAGAGAGACUGAUGUAGGCCUUUUUGUGGGAGGCUGAAAUAAAGAGGUGUCCCAAUGGUGGGUCGGGAUGAACAAA